AUGUGGAGAGCAUGUAGUGAGGCCCUACCAACACUAGCAAACUUGAAGAGAAGGAAGGUUGUAGAGGACAGCAAUUGCCUUAUCUGUACUCAAGCCAUUGAAACCUCAAGUCAUGCCUUGUGGAGCUGUGUUGCUGCUCAAGAUGUGUGGAAACAAAGCUGCAAAAAGGCCCAAAAAAUGUCCUGCCAUAGUGACCUCUUUUUUGAUAUCUGGUCCUUUCUAGUAGAGAAUUUGGAUGCUGCUGAACUAGAAGAGACUGUGGUUGUGCUGAAAAGGAUUUGGACCAGGAGAAAUGAGCUGUAUCAUGGGAAAGGAUUCACCCAUCCUACUAGUCUGUAUCAACAGGCCAUAGAAGAAGUAUCCAUUUUCAGAGAAUCCCUUGUAACAGACCAAGAAACAAAGAAACAGGCUGGAUCAGCAGGGCAUAAGUGGUCCAAACCAAUGCAGAACUCCUACAAGCUCAAUUGGGAUGCAGCUGUUAGAGCAAAGGAGGGAAGAGUUGGGAUAGGUGUGAUAGUCAGGGACUUCCAAGGACAGGUAGUUGGCACUGUAAGAGCUCAGAGACCUUUACGAGGGACUCCUUUCAAUGCUGAGGCUUAUGGACUAUUGAUUACAGCUGAGUUUAGCAAAGACCUGGGAUUGCAACAGGUCUGUUUGGAGGGUGAUGCUAAGUGA